GCAUCCAGCAAAGAGAGGCACGAACAACACAUCACUACAAAAGCUAAUUAAGUUCAAUUUGCCAGAUAUUUUGCAGCCUCGUCUCUAAAUAUAAAUCUGAAGCCAGUUGAUCCUCGGCCGCUGCUAUUAAAAGCCGCUCCUCUGCAGUCCUGUAUUGGGUUUCGUUCCUGCGGUUCUGACUGAAUGAGCGCUGAUCAAUUAUUUACAGACAGAGCUGAAGGUCGGAGGAACCCCGAGAGACCCUCGAGAAGAAACACCUCCGAGAAACAAACUGCAGUGAGGAAGAGGAGGAGGAGGAAGAGACGCUCGGAACAUGGGUCGGUCGACGAGGACAGCCGGAGAUCGAUGAGAGGACGGACGCAGGAAGAGACGAGAUGACGCCACAGAGGAAGCUCCCAGAGGAACCGGUCCAGUAACCUUCAUCAUGGGAUUGAGCCAGAUCUCCAACGUCACUCCGGACGGCGGCUUGUUGGCGGUCGAGGCAGCGAUCAACCAUCCGAACACCUCCGCCCCCCCACCGCCGUCCUGCAGCAUUGACGAGUCCUACAAGUACGUGUUCCUGCCGGUGUGCUACUCGCUGACCUUCGUCUUCAGCCUCAGCCUGAACUCCGUGGUGCUGCUGCGGUCCUGCGGCGGUGGCGGCGGGCGGCGCUGGAACACGUCUCUGAUCUACAUGGUGAACCUGGCCACCACCGACCUGAUGUACGGCCUGUCGCUGCCCUUCCUGGUGGCCAGUUACGUCCUGAGGGACCGCUGGGUGUUCGGAGACUUCAUGUGCCGCCUCGUUCGCUUCCUGUUCUACUUCAACCUGUACUGCUCCAUCUUCUUCCUCACCUGCAUCUCCGUGCACAGGUACCUGGGGAUCUGCCACCCGAUGCGGACCAUCACUCUGGAGAGUAAGCGUGUGGUGAAGGCAACCUGUGCACUGGUGUGGGUCGUGGUAUUCAUCCUCACCUGCCCCAUCUUCAGGUUCGCCCAGACCGGGUACGUGAGGCGUGGCGGCGGCGGGUCGAGGGAAGACUGGAACAUGACUGGAGAUCCCCCGGGAGACGAGGGCGGCUACACCAACUGCUGGGAUGACGCCAUCGACAAAGAGUUCGCCGACUACGUUCCGUACGGCAUCGUGCUCCACCUGCUGGGCUUCUUCCUGCCCUUCGUCAUCAUCGCCUGGUGCUACUCGCAGGUGGUCCGGACCAUCUUCCAGACGCUGCGCUCGCCGCCCGGUUCCAUGCAGGGCGGCGAAGACGACGGGGCGACAGAGGGCGAGCGCGAGAGGACGUCCGUGUCCAUUUCCGGGUCGCAGUACUCGCACUACAUCCGGCGUCGGAGGAAAUCCAUCAAAACCAUCAUCACCAUCACGCUGCUGUUCGCGCUGUGCUUCCUGCCGUUCCACCUGACGCGGACGCUGUUCCUGCUGCUGCGGCGGCGCGGCGGCUGCACGCUGAUGAAGACGGUCUCCAUCUGCUACAAGGUGACGCGCCCGCUGGCGUCCUGCAACGCCUGGCUCAACGCGCUGCUCUACUUCCUGACGGGGGACAAGGGCGCCCCCUGCUGCUGGCCAGCGGAGCGAGCCGAGCGCCGGGACCAUCGAGGCGGCGCCACCUGGUGGCCGCUGAAGAUCCUGAAGAAAGAGGGCGGCGGGGGGGAGGACGACGUGGAGGCGGGGGAGAAGGAGGAGCGGGUCGUGCACAUGGAGAACGAGUCCAAGUCCUCCAGAAUAAUUUUCUAG